AUGAAGCUACUUCAGAACAAAAGCUACCUGUUGGUGGUUUUCCUCCUGUACGUGAGUAUAUUCGCCAGAGGCGACGAAAAGGUUGUGGACGAAGUGAAGUAUAGUGAGGAAGUAUGUAACGAGAGCGUCGAUUUAUACCUCCUAGUUGACGGGUCUGGAAGUAUUGGGUACCCGAAUUGGAUCACGAAGGUUAUACCAAUGCUCAACGGAUUGAUUAACAGCCUUAGCCUCUCAAGGGACACCAUCAACUUGUAUAUGAAUUUAUUUGGAAACUACACAACUGAAUUGAUAAGGCUUGGCAGUGGCCAGUCUAUAGACAAAAGACAAGCACUAAGUAAAGUUACAGAAUUGAGAAAGACAUACACACCUUACGGUACCACCAAUAUGACCGCUGCUCUGGAUGAAGUGCAGAAGCAUUUAAACGACCGAGUUAACAGAGAAAAAGCAAUCCAACUGGUUAUCCUAAUGACUGAUGGUGUACCCAACAGUAAAUACAGAGCCUUGGAGGUAGCCAAUAAAUUAAAGCAAAGAAAUGUGAGUUUGGCUGUUAUAGGAGUUGGACAAGGCAUAAACCACCAGUUCAAUAGGCUAAUAGCUGGGUGCCGCCCUCGUGAGCCAAACUGUAAAUUUUAUUCCUAUGCUGACUGGAAUGAGGCCGUAGCUCUCAUCAAACCUUUUAUUGCAAAGGUAUGUACUGAAGUGGAAAGAGUUGCUAACUGUGGUCCCUGGGACCCAUGGACUGCGUGCAGCGUUACUUGUGGAAGGGGAACCCACAGCAGGUCAAGACCAUCGUUGCAUGAAAAAUGUACCACUCACAUGGUUAGCGAAUGUGAAGAGGGAGAAUGCCCUGUGGAACCUGAGCCUCUGCCCGUACCUGCUCCUCUCCCAACUGUCCCAGAAGAUGUCAACCCACGUGAUACGGAUGAUGAGAAUGAAAACCCCAAUUUUAACAAAGGCCUAGAUGUGCCUGAUGAAGAUGAUGAUGAAGUUCCACCUGCAAAUGAAGGGGCGGAUGGAAACCCAGUCGAAGAAAAUGUCUUCCCACCAGCCGAUGACUCUGUACCUGAUGAGUCAAACGUCCUUCCAUUACCCCCUGCAGUUCCUGGAGGUUCCUCUGAGGAAUUCCCAGCAGAUGUUCAGAAUAACCCAGAUAGCCCAGAAGAGUUACCAAUGGAGCAGGAGGUGCCCCAAGACAACAACGUAAAUGAACCAGAACGCUCAGACUCAAACGGAUAUGGAGUGAACGAAAAGGUCAUUCCAAACCCACUUGAUAACGAAAGAGACAUGGCCAACAAGAACAAAACGGUUCAUCCUGGUAGAAAAGACUCCGCUCGUGAUAGGUACGCCAGACCACACGGAAGCACACACGUAAACAAUAACAGAGCUAACGAAAAUUCGGACAUUCCCAAUAAUCCCGUCCCAUCUGACUACGAACAGCCUGAGGAUAAAGCGAAGAAGUCAUCAAAUAAUGGCUACAAAAUUGCAGGUGGAGUGAUUGCCGGGUUGGCUCUGGUCGGCUGCGUUGGAUUCGCGUACAAUUUCGUAGCUGGCGGAGGCGCCGCAGGAAUGGCCGGUGAGCCUGCGCCCUUCGAUGAGGCGAUGGCUGAGGAUGAAAAAGACGUUGCGGAGGCGGACCAGUUCAAGCUGCCCGAGGAUAACGACUGGAACUGA